ACAGGCGUCCUUGGCGGGGAAGGCCUCCCCGGUAGUGGCCUCCUCGGCAAUGGCCUACUUGGCAAUAAAGGUCUUCUUGGAGAGAACGGUCUGCUUGGCGCAGGUCUGCCUGGAAAAGGUCUCCUAGGCCAUGGAAAUCUGCUGGGUCUUGAUGGUCUUCUUGGCAAAGGAGGACUUCUGGGUGCUGGAGUCCCUCAAAUGUCAACACAAAACUUGGCCUGGUUGAAGGUUCUGAACCUCGAGAACAUCCGGGCGUCGUGGAAGGUCGUCCCCGGGGGCGAGCUCGUGCUGAACCUGUACUCCAAGCUGACGCUCAGCUUGCCCGGAGCCUUUCUCUUUCUGAGUGGAUCCUCGGUAGAAAUGAACAUCACGUCGCGUGUUGCCCUGACACAGGACACCCCUGGUGACCUCAGAUUAGUGCUGAAGGAUUGUGGCAGCCUGUUUGGGGGCUUUAAGGUCAACCUGCGGAGCGGCCUCUUCACCAAUAUAGUGAGCGGUUUGGUGAACGCUUCUCUUCGGUCUUUCCUACCUGAGCUGUUUUGCCCAUUAGUGAACGUUUGGUUCAGCAUCAUCAACAUUCAGCUGCAGUUUCUCAACCGCGUCAGCCCCUUGGGACUGCUCGAGAAAAUCCAUUCUGCCCUCUCCAGCGCCCCGGUGACGACUGGGCAGUUCAUGGAGCUGGAUUUACAGAAUUCGCCCUUCCCGAGCGCCUUCAUCGACUGGCUCCUGCGGACCUUACCUGAAGUUGGUCUCUCUGCCGGGCUGAGGGUCAAGCUUAGCCGUGACCCUGCCGAGGCAGGAGGCCACGCUGCCGCCCGCGAGCGGCUGCGCUUUCCCUUCUCGCUCAGUUCUGCUUCGUCCUUGCGCUUCCCUGGCCACGGGGUCCCUAAGUCAGUCACGAUGCCGGCCUGAUCUCCCAGUCCUUCCUCCCGCAAACCCGAGUUGGCCCAGACUGGGGCUGCGGCUUGGCCCCGGUGCCGCUUUCCCAGCGCGAGACCGAGGAACCCGCCGGCGGAGGAGCUUCGCUCCGGCCCCCCGCGGAGGGAGCGUUGCCCUGGCUGCACCACGUAACCAUCAAAGGAAGAAAGAAGGACAAACACUGAUGCAAUACCGGCUCCUUAUCUUUGCUCUCCUCCUGCUUUUUGAUUUGUUGACUAGUUGAAAAAGAAAUUUUGCUGUUUCUAGUGAUUUUAUACUGUUAAAAAACAGACAAAAAAAAGGCCUUCAAGCUAA